GUCUCCUAAGAUCCUUCACUGGGAAAUAAAGCACAAGCAGCAUACAGGAUUAUAUGGAUACUUUGUCCACACACCUUUUGGGGGAAACCCAUUAUAUGAAAUGCAGGGAGAACGGAGCGGAAGAGGAAGAAGAAGAUAAAGAGGAAGAAAAAGAUGAGUCGGCCGCCCAGAAGCAACCUAGGGCCAGAUCAUACUGGGCUCCGAGUUUCUACCUCAGAGCCAAUAAGGAGGUGUACUAUUACGUUGGGCAGGAGAUUUUUAUCGAAGGGGUUCUUGACUGCUAUGCAGGCAUGGUAUGGCCGGCGGCUCUGGCUCUCUGUCACUACCUGGACACUCACCGGGAACAGUUGAGUCUUGUGGACAAGACGGUCCUGGAGAUCGGAGCAGGAACUGGCCUCAUGUCUGUUGUAGCAGCGCUCCUCGGAGCUUCAGUCACAGCUACAGACUUACCUGACGUGUUGGGUAACCUCCGGGCCAAUGUGAUGAGGAACACCAGGGGGCGUUGCAGAUACACUCCCCAGGUGGCAGCUCUGUCCUGGGGCCAUGACCUGGAGAGCACCUACCCUACAUCAGUCUACCGGUAUGACUACGUGCUGGCAGCUGACGUGGUCUAUCAUCACGACUUCCUGGAUGAGCUCCUGGUCACCAUGAAGCAUUUCUGCAAACCAGGAACGACUGUGAUCUGGGCCAACAAGGUGAGGUUGGAGGCCGAUCUGACUUUCACCGAGAACUUUAAAAAUGCUUUUCACACAAGUCUGCUCACUGAAGACGGAGAGAUAAAGAUCUUCAUGGCAACGUGUAGAGAGUGAGAGGAAGAAGGUGAU